AUGUCUCGCUGGCGAGGUAUUCUCUCCCGCAGCAAAGGGCAUUGCAGCAGCAGCACGCCACGAGCAGCAAGAACCGCCGCAGACACAACAGCAGCAGCAACGGAAGCGGCAACAACAUCUCCGCUGCAGCAGCUCUCCGGAGCCCUCUGUGCUGCAGCUUCUUCGGACUUUCCACAGGAUGACACUAACAGCAGCAGCUGCAGCAGCAGCGGCGCUGCUGGAGUUUGGCUCCCGCUGGCGGCUGUAGGGGGGGAUGUGCUGCAGGGACUGCAGGGGAGCACCACGAAAAGAAGCAGCAGCGAGACAAGCAGCAGAAGAAGCAACAGCAGCAAGAGGGGAGGUAGACGCAGGAGCAGCAGCAGCAGCAAGCUCCAGCAGCUCCCCCUCAGCAGCAGCCUUGACACCUGCAGUGCCCAGUGCAUCGGAAGGAGCUGUAAAGGCUUUGACAGCAGCAACAGUAGCAGCAGCAGCAGUAGCAGCACCGUUGCUUCUCCCUGUAACGGCAACAGCUGUGCAGCACCGCGAGGACUGCAUGAAAGCGGCAGCUACUGCAGCAUUGGCAGCACCGCUUGCUGCUGCAAGAAUUGCAGCAGCAGAGACACCCCCACUCCUUCUCCGUCUUCUGAAGCAUCUAUUCGGCUGUAUCUGCAGCAAUUCCAGCAGCAGGAAUUGCAGCAGCAUGCGGAGAUGCAGCAGCAGCAGCAACAACAACAAGAGCAACAGCAGCAGCAGAGCCUGCUGCAGUGCGCUUCAGGGGAAGCAGAUACGAGAACAGCACCAGCAGCAGCAGCAGCAGCAGCAGCAGACUCAGAUGGCGAAGCUGUGGGGUCUUUGCAAAGACCAGGGGACCUAAUGGCCAACCGCAGCGUAUUUGUGGGGAGCCUAUCUGAAGCAGCAGCAUCUGCAGCACCAACUGCUGCUGCAGUGCAGCAAUCGUGCCCCAGCAACACCAGCAGUUGUCUGGCUGGAGGAAGCCAGCAGCAGGUACAGCAGCAACAGCAGCAGGAACGGCAGCAGGAACAGCAACAGCGGGCCAGACAUGCAAGCGACUCAGCUGAGCUUCUGGGGGCACCUUCGAUGCUGCCCACAUCUUCUGCUGCUUCAGCUGGUGCUACUGCUGCUGCUGCUGCCGCUGCUGCUUCGCCAGGUGGCUCUUGGAGGGGACGAUCCCUUGAUGGCCUACUCACCUUGGUGGGGGAUGUCAGCAGCAGCACCACCACGACUAACAGCAGCUCCUGUCACCACUGCAGCAGCUUCGGUGCUGCUGGGUGGAACGAGCUGCAUCCGAUGACACCGACAACAGCAGCAGCAGCAGCACCCGCAGCAGCUGCAUCAUUAGCAGCAACAGCAGCAGCAACAGAUGAGCUGUCCGUUCUGACAGAGGCAGAAACAGUAGCAGCCGCAGCAGCAGCAGCAGCGGCAACUGCUGUACCGAGUUUCUCCGCACUGUUCGAAACGCACCGCGAUUCAACUGCAGCAGAAGGCGGCUGCAGCAGAAGCAGCAGCAGGGGGAGAGCAACGGCAGCGAACAACUCAGACAGCGUAGAAAGCCUCCCCGUGGUGCCGCAGCGACGGCAGCCACAGCACCAGGGUUCUCGCAGCCGCAUGCUGCAGAGACACCGAAGCUUUAGCAGCAGCACCAGCAGCAGCAGCAAAGGUGCUAUCGCCAGUCUUUCCCGCUUCUCCUACCUAUGGAGCAGCAGCAAACUGUGGCGGCAGCAGCUGCAGCAGCAUAACCGUUCUAGCAGCAGCGACAAGAUCUUUGCUGCUACUGGCGCUGCUUACUCCAAGACAGCAGCAGCAGCAGCAGCAGCAAUGAAACGAUCCAACACAAUUGCCACGGAGGUCAUCCAGGGUGUAGCAAGCAGCUCCUCUGCUGCUCACCGAGCGCCGGCAGUGCCCACUCCUCCUCCUGCUGCUGCUGCUGCCGCUGCUCCUGCUCCGGAGGCACCUGCAGCUCUAGCGUCGUGCGUGGCUGUGGGCUGCUUCUCUGAGAGCUGCCACGGUGUACACGUGGUAAGAAGCAUAGAGGAGCAACGGCAGCUAGCUCAGCAGCAACAGCUGCAGCAGCAGCAGCAACACAAGAAAAAGCAUUCUGUCUCCUAUUUACUGAUGUGGCGCCGCCGCCACACUGGCACCUCCUCAGCGGCAGCGGCAGCUGCAGCAACAGCAGCUGCACCACCCACAGCGAAUGCAGCAACACACAAGACGACGCCAGCAGCAUCAGCCGCAGCAGCAGUCCCAGCAGCAACUGCAGCAGCAGCACAAGAGGAAGGCACCAAUACUUUGUUCGGUGCCUGCGCUGGUCGCAGAGUAAACACAAGUCCCCUUGUUGUUGGAGGGUGUGUUUACGUGGCGGAGGGAUUUGAGCAGCAGCAACAGCAGCAACAGCAGCAGCAGCGGCUGACAGAGACGCAGAAGCAGCUGCAGCGGCAGCGGCAGCUUUUGCUGCAGUUGCAGCUGCAGCACGAAUCUCCUCCUGUCUGCCUCGGCCAGGCUGCUGGUGAUUCUCUUACUCCCUAUCCUAUCUUUAGCAGCAACAGCAACAGCAACGGCGGCGACGGUGAAGCGGCUGCUUCACUUGGCUCCGUUUCACUGCAACCAGCAGCAGCAGCAGCAGCAGCAGCAGCAGCAGCAACAGCAGGUAAUUUGGCAGCAGCGGAAAUUUGUGCCGCAGCAAAUACAACUUUAGCAACAAAAUGUCAACUGACAACUGAGCUCCAUAAGGAGCAGCAACCGUGCUGCAGCGAGCAGGAAGCAAACCCUUCAUCUGCAGCAGCAAGCUCCUUGAAGGGAGAUGCUGCUGCAGGGGCUGCAGCAGCAACAACAGCAGCAGUGAAUGGUGCAGCAAGUGCAGGGGCAGCAGUGGUACCCUCAGCAGCAGUUUGCUCAGCAGAAAUAGCUGCAACAGGAGGAGCUGCUGCAGGAGCUGCAGCAACGGCAGAACCAACACUCACACCUGCACCGGCAACGACAGCAGCAACAACAACAGCAGCAACACCAGCAGCAUCGGAGACACCGGCACCACCGUCGACACCAGCAGCUUCAGGUGGCGCGUGGGGAGUAGGUGCUGCUGCUGCUGCUGCUUUUGCUGUGUCUCUUUGUGAUGAGGAAGCCGCAGCAACUCCAUGUGGUAGUCUUGAGGCCAGCAGCAGCAACAGCAGCAGCUGCGUCUCGCUGGAGGACUUCGAGAGGCGCAGCACCAGCAACAACAACAGCAGCAGCACCACCAACAACGAGCACAGCGGCAGAAGCAGCAGCAGCAGCGGCAGAAGCAGGAGGUGGAGCUGCACCGGAGGGGGCUUGACACGUUUCGAUCUACCUAUGCAGCGGCAGCGUAGCUGCUGUUGCAGAAGCAGCAGCAGCUGCUGCUGCAGCUACACCAGCAGCAGCUUGGAACUCGAGAGGAAGCUGGCAGAAGCCCUAAACAUCGAUUCUUCCCGAUGCGGCUGGAGCAGGCGACGCUACAGCACGCCAGCUGCAGCAGCAGCAGCAGAACUCGCGUUGGCACCCUCACCCGUAGCAGCAGCAGCAUCAGGUGCUGCUGCUGCAGCAACAGCAACUGCCUCUGACACAGCAGCAGCUGCAACAGCACCAGAGUUGCCGGCUGAUCCUUUCGGUCAAUAUAACAGCGUACAUAGCAGCAACAACAACAACCGCAGCACGAGCAGCAGCAGGAGCAGCAGCAGCAGCAUUGUGGAGCUCGAUUGCACCUCCUUGUCAAGUGGAGAUACACCGCUGCCUUCUAACAGUGUCUGGGACCAAAGCUGCCUGACGGAGACGGAUCAGAGAGCAGCAGCUGCUGCAGCUGCUGCAGCAGCAACUGCAGCAGCAGCGGCAGCAGCUGCAGCAGCUGCUGCUGUUGCACCUGCACCAGCAGCUGCUGCUUCUGGUGUCUCUAGGCGAGGGCCCCAAACCGCUGAAGGGGGCUACAGCGGCGACAGCAGCACGCGUUGCAGCAUAUCCGAAGCAGUGUCACCUUCAGGCUGUUUAACGGAUGGAAGCAGCAACAGCAGCAGCAGCAGCAGCAGCAACAGCAACAGCAGCAGCAGCAGCAGCAGCAGCAGCAGCAGCAGCAGCAACCGCAUUGACUGGAAAGGCGAUAAUGUGUUUGCCUUGUCUGUUGCACCAGAGUUUCCUGCUGCACCUGGCCUCUGCUCGCCUCGUUGUGCUGCAGCAGCGUCCCCAUUGGGAUUAGCCUGCCUCCGUUGCAGCGAGCUGCAGCAGCAGGCCUACUCCGACCCCUCAGCAGCAGCUGCAGCAGCAGCAGCAGCAGCGGGGGACGGCUGCCCCCAAUGCUUGACGGACUGCAGCGACGUUGACGAGUUCCUGACCCCUUCGCUUAGCCUCCUUAAGCAUGCUGCUUCUGCUGCUGCAUCGGCUUCCUCUUCUGCUGCUGAUCACCCUGCUGCAGCAGCUUCUGCUCCCAGCUGCCGCCGCAGCAAAAGCAGCAUCAACUGCAACAGCAGCAACUUGGUCACUAGGGCCCACAGAUAG